GUUGAACUCUAAUCAUCGACUGUACAGUUCGAGCUCACUAUCUGAGGAAAAUAAUAUUUGUGUUGAUCGACAACUUCAAGACCACCGACGACGCAAUGGCCCCAUCAAAGAAAUCCAAGGCAUCCAAGUCCACCGAGUCCAUUGCUGCUAGGCUUGCCCUCGUCGUCAAGUCAGGCAAAUAUACUCUUGGAUACAAAUCCGCCCUCAAGCAGAUGCGAAGCGGCAAAGCCAAGCUCGUCUUGAUCGCUGGUAACUGCCCGCCCCUCCGCAAAUCUGAGCUUGAGUACUACGCCAUGCUCUCAAAAACUACGGUGCACCACUUCUCUGGCACCAACGUGGCCCUGGGUACCGCUGCUGGUAAACUUUUCCGAGUCGGUGUCAUGACCGUUUCGGACCAAGGAGACUCGGAUCUCCUCAACUUUGCAGAGGGCAACACUGCAUGAGUGCGUUUAUGGGUACCGAUAUUAUGUUUGCUACCUUUACAUAUAAAAUGUCAUGCAUUAU